AGAAAUUUUGUGUGAAGCAUUUGUAGCGCUAAUUGGACUACAGCCUAAAUCGCCGAUGUGGAAAAACUAACCUUUGCGUUUCUGUUUGCUUUCAUCUUGCUUGUGUUAUCCACGUGAUACGAUGCCGGAAGACGAAACUGCAUCCCCAGCUACGAAGCUGCCGGCAGUGCCGGAAUCAGUGUUGAAAAGAAGAAAACGCCGUGAAACGGUUCAAGCUGCACGUCUGCAAACAUCAAUAAAGCAACGUGCAGAUCGUUAUAAGAAAAGAAAAGUGAUCUUCAAACGAGCAGAGGACUAUGUGAAAGAGUAUAGAAAGAAAGAAAGAGACGAGGUCAGAUUGAUGAGACAAGCUAAGAAUCGUGGAAACUAUUAUAUCCCCGGCGAACCCCGUCUUGCAUUUGUUAUCCGUAUUCGAGGUGUAAAUCAAGUUGCUCCAAAAAUACGGAAAGUGCUACAACUAUUUCGUUUAAAACAGAUAAAUAGUGGUGUCUUUGUUAAAUUAAAUAAAGCAACAAUUAAUAUGUUACGUAUUGUUGAACCUUACAUCACAUGGGGAUAUCCUAAUCUGAAAUCAGUUCGUGAGCUGGUGUAUAAACGUGGAUUUGCCAAGAUAAAUGGACAACGCGUUCCGCUAACUAGCAACACUAUCAUUGAAAAGAAGCUUGGUCGAUCAAACAUAAUUUGUGUCGAAGACUUAAUCCAUGAAAUAUUUACCGUUGGCGCAGAAUUUCAACACGCCAGCAAUUUCCUGUGGCCAUUUAAGCUCAAUACACCAACUGGUGGAUGGCGCAAGAAGACUAAUCACUAUGUGGAAGCUGGUGAUUUUGGAAACCGAGAGGAUAAAAUUAAUGAGCUUCUCAGACGAAUGUUGUAAAUUUGUAAACAUCUUUAUAAAUAAAAAGCUGUUCACCCAA